AAAUAAGCUGCACCACCAUUUCUUCAAAGCGCUUCUUUGCUCUUGUAAGUCUACCUUGCUUACUAUAUCUCAUGGCUCCAACCAUUUCGUUACCAAUCACAGACUCCUCAGAGAUCAGAGAUUUUGUUCUAAACCAAGGUAAUGGAGUGAAAGGUCUCUCCGAAUUAGGCCUCAAAUCUCUGCCUGAGCAAUACAUCCAACCAUUAGAGGAGAGGAUCAUUGUCAAUGAGGACAACAACAUACCUCAAGAAUCCAUACCCAUCAUUGAUAUGUCUAACUGGGAGGACCCAGAAGUUGCAAAUGCAAUUUGUGAUGCAGCAGAGAAGUGGGGAUUUUUUCAAGUUGUCAAUCAUGGAGUGCCCACUGAUGUGCUUGAAAACGUGCAGAAUGCAACUCAUCAGUUCUAUGGGUUACCGUCAGCGGAAAAGAGAAAGUACUCUAAGGGAGUUUCACCAUCUAAUAGUGUGCGGUUUGGUAGUAGCUUUAGUCCUGUAGCAGAGAAAGCCUUGGAGUGGAAAGAUUACUCAGCCUCCUUCUAUGUUUCUGAUGAAGAGGCUUUUGAAUUGUGGCCUCCUGUCUGCAGGAAUCAAGUGCUGGAACACAUGAAGAGCUCGAAAAUUCUUAUCAGAAGACUACUGCAGGUGCUAAUGAAGAGACUCAAUGUGAAUGAGAUUGAUGAAACAAAAGAACUUAUGUUGAUGGGUUCUGUGAGAAUCAACCUUAACUACUACCCUAUUUGUCCCAACCCUGAACUUACAGUAGGAGUAGGUCGCCACUCAGAUGUAUCCACCCUCACUAUCCUCCUCCAAGAUGAUAUAGGUGGACUUUAUGUCAGAGGAAACAAUGAUGACUGGAUUCAUGUCCCACCCAUUUAUGGCUCCCUUGUCAUCAAUGUUGGUGAUGCAUUACAAAUAAUGAGCAAUGGCCGGUACAAGAGCGUGGAGCACCGUGUGGUUGCCAAUGGAAGCAGGAACAGGAUCUCCAUUCCUAUCUUUGUCAACCCAAGACCGCAGGACAUAAUCUGUCCUUUUCCUGAAGCACUUGCAAGUGGAGAGAAACCCAUCUACAAGCAGGUUCUUUAUUCCGAGUACGUCAAGCAUUUCUUCAAGAAGGCACAUGAUGGAAAGAAAACUGUCGACUUUGCGAAGAUAUGAUACGCCUCAAUCUAGCAGAUAAAACUUCAUCCUCCUGCUGAAAUAAACCAUAUAAUAUGAAAAAUCGUUUAUGUUUCUUUUACGUUAAAAAUAAACCAUAGAGUGUAAGAUGAUGCAGACAUGUUUUAGUCGAACAGAGACAUGUCCUGAACUCGUAAAUCUGCCUUCUACCUGAGAAUUUUCUGUGUCAAAAUCCCUUGUUUUCAGAAAUGAAAAGAAAAACUUGUGGUAUUCAUACUUCUAACUGCACCAUAUCAUUUUGCAAGCAAAAUAAAUAGCAAGACAUCAAAUAUUAGCCUAACUAUAAGUACCGAAAUUAUCCACUAGGCAGAAAAAAAAAA